AAGCCAUUUUUAGACMGAACGAAGCAGAAAUCCAAGUAGAAGUACAAAACGACAGAAAUUGGUUGGAACUUGAAGUUGAAGCUCUGCGUCUAAAAUAUUCUUUCGGGGUCAGAUUGUACGCCUCAAUGGCUGCAAGCUCUGAAGCAGAAAUGAAGAAGGAAGAAGCAGAAGGAACCACCGAACAAUACCCCGAACAAAACGACGACGAAUCACAUCCUCCUCUCUCUGCUCGCUCUUCACCUCCCCAUUCCCUCUCCGGCCCCGGCAGCCAACGUCCCUCGCCUCCGGCUCACUCUCUCUCCMUCUCAUCGGAUUUCUCCGAUCACACCUGUCACAGUCAUGGCCACUCCUCCAUUGACGACUCUCUCUCGAUUACGCCGAUGGAGAACUUGCCGCCGUGUAAUCCUCCGUCUCCCAGACCUGUGGCCGCCAACCGCGCGCAGCCCACGGAGCCGAUUGUGGUGACCGAGGUGGAUGCUGAAAUACAAGGCGUACGGAAAGUCCAAGACGUAAGCGAUGCCGAUGUAGAGAGUGGCGAUGGCGGCGCGGUUGGGAGAGGUCGGAAGCUGAUGGCGAGUUUGUCUAUGAAGAAAAUGAAGAGGGAAGAAAUGAGAAAGAAGAUCUUGUUAGGGUUCAGAAUUUGUGGAUUCGCCUUCUGUUUGGUGUCGUUCUCGGUUAUGGCUUCUGAUAAGAAUCAGGGCUGGGCUUUGGAUUCUUUCUAUCGCUACAAGGAAUUCAGGUACUGUAUGGCAGUGAAUGUAAUUGGGUUUCUUUACUCUGCACUUCAAUCCUACGAUCUUGUAUAUUUUCUCUCCACUGGGAAACACAUGAUCCUUAAUCACUUCAAGCAAUACUUCGAUUUCUUUAUUGAUCAGAUAGUAGCAUAUCUUCUUCUAUCAGCUUCCUCUUCGGCUGCCACCAGAGUUGAUGACUGGCAAUCCAAUUGGGGCAAAGACAAGUUUCCAGACAUGGCUGCUGCAUCUGUGGGAUUAUCCAUCGUUGCAUUUGUAGCUUUUGCCUUGAGUUGUCUCAUCUCUGGUCAUACCCUCUGUAAAUCUGCUUAGGUAACAUUUCUGAACUUGCUUAUUCGCAAAUUAUUCAGUGGUGAUAGCAACAAACCAAUCCUCCUAAGGAAAUAUACAAGAAAGUUUAUCAGAACUUUGUGCAGUAGGUAAAUUUCAUUUUCUUCACUGGAAAAUACUUGGGAGUUUUCAUUGUUACUCUGCAAAUAUGAUGAAGAAUUGAAGAUGAACACUUGUUCUGCA